AUGAGCCACGUGUGGGCGGUAACGUUCAAGAACAUGGACGCUGUCAAGACGAUUCUAUCGCAAGGCGAUAUCAAGGUAAAAAAUUGUCGCUGUCUUGUCAUUGAUCCGGCAAACCAGGAUGUGCGUAUGAAAGUGCACUGGCUGCUUCACAAUGUUCUCGAUGAGGAUGUGCGACGUGCUUUCGAGCCGUACGGCCAAGUGGUUGACGUCAACAGAGAGCGGUGGCGUGUAAACGGCAUCAGCGAAAAAGGCUCCACUACCCGUAUUGUGACACUUCGGUUGAAAGUGGGCGUCAAAAUUGAAGACCUGCCUCACCAAGUGAACGUAAGCGGUGAGCAAGCUUUGGUGGUUGUUCCGGGCAGAGCGCCAGUGUGCUUACGCUGUCGAGCAAACGGGCACAUACGGCGAGAUUGCCGUGUGCCACGCUGUGGUGCCUGCCGAAGAUUUGGCCACGAGGAGAACGACUGCACGUUGUCUUAUGCCAGCGUCACCGGACCUCCGAGUGGCAACGACCACGCAGAGCUGUUAAUGGAUGAGCAUGAAGCUGAAGAGGCAGCGAGCGCGACUGCGAGGAAGGAAGAGGCGACCCCAGAAUUGGUGAAACUGAGCAGGCCUAGUAGGAUGGACAAUGAAAAGGUCGAGAACAAGGCAUCCGAACCACAGCCAGAAAAACCGAUAACGACAGACAAGCCAGAACAGCACCUGCCGACUGAUCGGGAGAGUAUUAGAGAAGCACUUAACGAUGUGAAAUUCUUCUGUUACUGCACUGAUAGUAGAGUCAACUGGAGUAAAUGUCUUGGAGUAUGGCACGGAAAUUGGCAGAACACACCAUCAAUAUUUGAAAGCAUUACAUGGAAGGUUAUACCUGACAAGUACUUAGGGGUACCUCUCCAACACUACAAAGACACAACAGAAUAUUGGAAACAAGAGACAGAACAACUAAGAGACAAGACAAAAACGUGGGGUGGGCGCGAUUUCUCAAUGUUUACGAGGUCAACAGUGAGCAACAUAUUUCUUAUUUCACGAGUAUGGUAUGUUUUACAAGUGCUAUUCAUGUCACGUGUUGCUGUACAAAAGCUACACAGAGUGAUCGCAGUGUUUAUCUGGGCGUCCACGUGGGAAAGGACAAGCCGAACGAAUCUGUUCCGUUCUGUGAAAAGUGGGGGGCUUGGUCUUGUACACUUGUUCCUGAGACAGAUAGUAUCUAGGUUUGUUUUUUUACGAGAUCAAGAUGAUCGUUUUUUGAGAACGUUCAUACAUGUGCGGCUGUCCCAUUUUUUGCCUCAUUUCAUUGUAACCACUGUCAAUGGGGUGACAAAAAGCCCUAAGGGGUACAUGAAAGAAGUGAUUGCUGCUGUCGAAAUAUUGAGAGUGCGAUUUUCGAUGGAGUAUCUCUCUAGGGUUUCGCGAAAGAGACUGUACAAGGACCUUGUAGAAACCAUGUUGCCAGAGCCUCUGUAUAGAACAUUGUACCUAAUGGGACCCGGGGAUGACGUCUUGAAAAGAGUGAAGAAGAUGCCAAUUAGACCAUCAAUGAAGACAUUCUUUUUCAAACUUCACAGCGGCACACUCCCUACCAAUCCAUGGCUCCGAGAAAAAGGAAUAUUCGUCCCGUCAGUUGAUUGCAUUAUCUGCAGAAAACUCGAGACAGUUGACCACAUCUUUCUAGACUGUACCGAUGCAGUCUUUCUCUGGGACAUCCUUCAAAGGACCCUGAAGAAAGACCUGCCAGUUACACAGUAUGGCAUCCGUUUUUUGCCAGUCAUAAAUGUAGGCGGUGUGCCCUACGAUAUGUUCAUGGUAUUGGUUCUUCACAGUGUGUGGCGAACACGGAUGGCAGUGCGAAACGUAGACGUGAAUCCCCGGCCCGCUCGAGAGUACUUCAUAGAAAGUGUACAGUAUUUGAUGACUGCAUACGAGGCACAAGAUAAGCCAGAGUGGUUGCCAUGUCUAGAUAAGUUGAUGGGCAUAAAGCGUCUGCCUUUUUAACCCCCAUGUGCUGGAAGAUGUGACAGCACUUUUACACGUGACACUGCACUGUAUUCUUAUAUUGAUUUGUACUGUUUGCGAAGCAGGCAAU